GGGGGCACCGGCUGCUUCAGAAGAUGGAGAAGUUUCUGCAGAUCGCGCCUCACUCUCUGGCCAUCGUCCUGGGCCCGGCCGAGGGGCCAACGGCGGAGAGGUCCGGGGCCGCCCAGCCCGCGCCCCCGGCCCAGCCCCGCCAGCUCGCCCGGCACCACAUCGGCUACGAGAUCUUCGCCGACUUCAAAGCCGAGAACAUGCAGCACUUCUGGAACAAGAAGGUCACGGCCGCCGUGGCUGAGACCUUCUUCCUGGGCUGGAUCGACGAGCAGAUCCUGCUGAUCCAGGGCAAGGAGGAGCAUCUGGAGGCGCUGCGCGAGGGCUGGACGCGCCGGGCGCUGCGGCCGCCCUCGGGCUUCCACAUCCGCUGCCUCGGUAGGUGACCGCUCCUUCCGAAGUGGCCCGAAGUAAGAAAGCCUGGAUUCCUUCAAGUCUGGCUCUGUGUCGCUUCACUUGUACUGAAAAUGGAAAAGCAAAUUUAGC